UCCUGUCCCGCUCUGUGCCUUUAGAAGUGUGACGCUCGGUGCUGGGCGCAGCCUGCUGCGGGACAGACAGUAUCAUCGCGCAGCCAGGAUGGUGGCAUUUAACUGGAAGGCUUUGGAGAAUUUCCCAUUGCUGAUGUACAUUUUGGCAGCUAAAACAUUGAUUCUUUGCUUAGCAUUUGCUGGAGUAAAAAUGUACCAGAGCAAAAAAAUUGAAGAAAAACUGAAGAGGGAACGUGAAGAGAAAUUGAAAGCAGAAGCAGAGAAGAAGGAUGAUUGAAGAGUCUCUCAGAUUUUCUGACACUUGGCAGCUUGCGUUGGAUUCCUUUCCUGGGAGAAUGAAGCCUUCCUGUAGAUGAAGGAUGUGUCAAAGGAAUAAAACCCUUGAGAGUAACAUUCACGUAAACCGUAUCUCAACUUUUUAUAUGUACAGCAAAAUAUCUAAGCCUCUAUUUAUGCAAUAAAAAAUCCUUUGU